UUCAAAGUUAUCAUUUUAGUGUCUUUCAUUUAGAAAACAAAACAAAGGUGUCCUAAAAUGGCAAAUGUAGGCCCUUUGGGACAAGUCUCGACUUCUAGAAAUAUAACCACGCUCUACCAAGCAAUUCAACAAGAUCCAAGCAUUGUGGAAGGAAUCCAUGCAAUGUUGGAACAAGCUGCAAUUUCUGGAAAUAAGCUCCACCCAGCAAUUAAACAAAAUCCAAGCAUUCUGGAGGAAAUCAACGCAAUGCUGGAACAAGCUGCAAGUUUUAGAAAUAUAAACUUGCUCUACCUAGCAAUUCAACAGAAUCCAAACAUUUUGGAGAAAAUCAAUGCAAUGCUGCAACAAGAUACAACUUCAAGAAAUAUGAACAUGCUCUACCCAGCAAUUCAACAGAAUCCAAGCAUUCUGGAGGAAGUCAACAAAUUGCUGGACCAUGUUGCAACUUAUAGAAACAUAAACUUGCUCUACCAAGCAAUUCAACAGAAUCCAAGCAUUUUGCAUGUAGUCGAUGCAAUGUGUGAACUGGCUACAACUUCUGAAAACACAAAUAUGUUUUACCAAGCAAUUCAACAGAAUCCAUACAUUCUGGAGGUAGUCAUUGCAAUGAGGGGGAUUGCAACUUUUGGAAAUAUAAGCAUGCUCUCCCAAGCAAUUGAACAGGAUCGAAGCAUUCAGGAGGAAGUCAAUGUAAUGUUGAAACAAGCUGUAACUUCAACAAAUAUGAACAUGCUCUACCGAGCGAUUCAGCAGAAUCCAAGCAUUCUGGAGGAAGUCGAUGCAAUGCUGGAACAAGCUGCAACUUGUAAAGAUAUAAACAUGUUCUACCGAACAAUUCAACAUAAUCCAAACAAUCUGCAAGUAGUCAAUGCAAUGCUGGUGCUGGUACGUGCUGCAACUUCUGGAAAUAUAAACAUGCUCUACCGAGCAAUCCAACAGAAUCUAAACAUUCUGGAGGAAGUGGAUGCAAUUCCAUUUGUGAACACUCCCUUGCAUAUUGCUGCUUCUGCCGGGCACAUGGAGUUUGCCAUCGAGAUUAUGGGAUUGAAACCUUCAUUUGGUUUCAAGCUGAAUCCGCAAGGAUUGAGCCCCAUCCACGUUGCUUUGCAUAACAAUCAUUACAGUCUGGUUGAUCGCCUUGUAGAAAUUAAUAAAGACCUUGUCAGAGUCGAAGGGAAGGAACGCCUCACUCCUUUGCAUCUUCUGUGCCAAUCUGGUUCUGAGGAAAACAUCAGGCUUCUAAUUCAUUUCCUUGAUAUAUGCCCGGAUUCUAUCAAGGAUGUGAAUGUAAGAAAGGAAACUGCACUCCACAUUGCCGUGAGGUGUGGAAACCUGAGUGCCCUUCGAGAAAUGGUUGACUGGCUCAAAGGAAACAUCUUCACCGGUGCAGACGAUUUAGAACGCUCCAUCCUGAACAGGACGACUGUAGACGGCAACAACAUUUUGCACCUUGCAGCACUCUACGGCAAUACACAGGCUGUUAUGUUAUUGAUUGGAAGUAAAAAGAUGGAGAAAAAUGCAAAGAAUUCUUGGAACCAAACAGCAUUAGACCUAGCUCAUUCUUAUCCAGAGAUUGAAAGAAUACUAGAGGGAGCUAAAGCAAAACGUGGGGCAGCAACUAAUCAUGGCGGUCAUCCCAAGUUAAGGAAACUAGAAGUAGUUAUUCGUCGCAUUAGAAAUAACGUGUCUUCACAACAACGUGAGGCAUACCUGGUAGUUACUGCUCUUAUUAUAACCAGCGUCUAUCAGGCAGCACUGAGUCCACCAGGUGGUCAGCGUGACAAUAAUCUCAACUCUACUACAUCAUUUUCUCUCAAUUCUACAAACACCGCUACUGUGCCAAGGAUAGCCGGGGAAGUAAGCAUGGAACCCUUUCAUUUCAUUUUUAUAUUAGUAAUCAACACUGGGAUCCUUUUCUUUUUAAAUAUAAUGAUCUUUUUUGUAAUGCCAGAUGGGAUCAUCGGCAAAUUUCUUGGCAUGCUGUUGAUGUUUCCCACGGCAAAUUUCUUGGCAUGUUAUGUCGUGUCUAUUGGAUUGAUAUUGCCCACGGGAUUCACUAAACCCUUUUUACUUAGCUGCGUGGUUUUAAUGUACUUUCUUAAUAUCAUAUGGCUACUCAUACCUAUCACUGACAAAGGAAGGGUUGAAUCUUAACUUCUUUUGUAUUUUGAUUUCAAUCUUUAGCUUUGUUAAAAUACUUUGAGUAGAAAAUAAUAAAAUUAUGAUUUUGUCUUUUGACGCAGUAGAAAACAAAAUAGAGUUAUGUAAAAGGUGUGUUAUACAGAAGUGUUACUAGAUAAUAAAAUUAGGAGAUACUUUAGUUUUGUCUCUUAUAAUGCAAAAUCGAAGAGAAAAGAUAAUGACAUACAAAUGUAUUUUGAUUCAACUACUCAAUGUAAUAUAGUCAUAUAUCAAUUCUCCUUAACUAGAAUUCUAACUAAUCCUAUCUGGGACAAAUUCAGUUUUUAAUCCAAACUAGACUUGACUAGGAACUCAUCCUAACUUUUACACAACAAAGUGCUAACCCAACUUGUAAGAAAAUCCUCUCAAGAUCAUGACACAAAACAGAAACACUUAUAAAAACUUUUUGAAAUAAAUUUGGACUUUUUUUCCAAGUCUAACUCUCUGUCUUUUUCCACUCAAUGACUUUUACUUACAAACUUCAUUAUUUUGUCUUUUACCAUUGAACCACAGAAAGACUAGAUUGAAAAAAUAAUAUUUUCAAUGAAAACCAUGAAGGAGAAGAAUAAACAGUUCAAUAAGCUAUAAAAACCCAAACGUUGUGCUCUCACUCCUUUCUCCAAUCUUUGACCAUUCACCCCUUUAAUAGAGGAGUGAAGUUUCCGGCGCUUGAAACCUUGCUUCAGCACUUGUUGGUCUUCUUCUUCAAAAAAUCAGACACAACAACAGCGUGAUAGAGGAGAGAGAGAGCGUGUAGAAGCAGUGACCGACUCAAACAUGCAACCAUACCUUCAAUAUUCUCUUUCAACAUUUUUCAUCUUGCCUCUUGAAUCUGAGUCGAGCAUUCUUAUUUUGGCUCCAAGUCAUUUUUCUUAGCUUUGAUUCACAGCAGAGCACCAUUUAUCUUCACUUUCUUCAUUUUCCAAAUCGGUGCUUGUAACACAGAGGAUUUCUUCAACACUUCUUGAUGAAACACAAUUGUGAAAAUAUUUUUUGUGAUUUGUCCUUUUGAUUUGAUUUUGCCUUUUUGUCAUAUAUAACCCCUUUGAUCUUCUCUUCUUGCUUGAAAUUGAAAGCUUAUUUUUGUUCUCCAUUUGUGCUCUUAGUUUCAGAGUUUCCUUUUUCUUUCUUCUUGUUUUAGAGAGUUCACGUGAUGUGAUAUUAAAAAAAAAAAGAGAAGAGAGAGAAGAAAGAAUUUGAUUUCGGUGAUAUGAAGUGAAAUGGUUCAAAUAAAAUGAAAACUGAAUCACUUAGUUAGAAACUAAAUAAAGUGAAUGAAUUUAGGUGUGGAUCACCGUUUGGACUUGUGUUUGGAUAUGGGCCUAUCUAUUUUCUUUCUUUCUUUCUUAUAGUUUAGCCACUCAAUCUUUGGAUCAAGAGUGUUUGAAUGAUGCUUUGUUUA